AUUCAUUUUAAAUUUUUAAUGUGAAAAUGUCAUAAGAAGCCGUAAUAUUAUAAUUUAUAAACUGAGGCGGGUGGGAGCAUCGUUGUUCUUAUAUCAGAAUAUUCUGAUGUAUCAAUUAGAAGUUAAUGACUUAUCUUUGCUGUUUAUCAGUAAUUAAGCGAUUAAUUAAGGCCAAAUUCUCUUUCAUUGAACUAAUCAAAAGUCAUACUAAUGCCGAUAAUAUGUGCUUGUUAUUAAAAAAAAAAGUCUUAUAAUGCUCGUCACGAACAUUUUUCAGUUGACUAUGAUUCUUUCAGUUGCAUAUAUGAGAUCACGCAGCAGUAGAACUGAUUAUCGAAUUUGGCAUUUGUUCUAGUUUUUGAACCAAAGAAACACUAGAUAUAAAAUAGUUCUUGGAAUAAGUACUUGAAAGGGACAAAGGGUAUUGAAAUAUACCGGCUUUUUUUUUCGGAAAUUUAUUUUUGUGAACUCAUGGCUGGAAAUGAGAAGAAUAAGACAAGAUUAGAUGGUUGACUUACAUUAAUCUUCUUAAUUGGAUGUGAGUGGUGUUCCUUAAUUAAAAAUUAAAAUACUCUAAAUCCUUAUCUCGAAAUUUAAAUUAGUCUCCUUGCAUGAAAUAAAAAUAUGGUGUUUAGUUUGACAACGUCUUAAGCAUCAACCAAGUCAACCCCUCUCAUUUCAUUAUGUUUCAGACAAUUCUGUUCUUACAAACAACAUGUAAUUACUGCCUGAGGGCGAAAAUCAUUAAUAUCUUGAAUGCACAUUAGCUCAAAAUCAUCGUGAAGAUGCUGACAAGAAUUCUUCUGUCGUCCCUUUUCUUCCAUUUCGUAUUGAUCAAAUAUGCAUCAGCGCUUUUUAACAGAACCAUCACAAAAGGCGCCAAUAUAGCCAAGAAAGGCUGCCAAACAAAGUGCGGGAAUCUAACAGUUCCAUACCCGUUCGGAAUCGGCAUAAAGUCAGGAUGUUCAAUCGACCCUUCAUUCGACAUCAACUGCAACACUUCAUUCAACCCUCCCAAACCCUACAGUGCAACAACAGGGAAUCUCGAAGUCACCGACAUCACAGAUUCCCAAAUGAGAAUCAAGAACUCGGUGGCCACCAUCUGUCACCGCCAGCGAGGCAGCCUGCGCAGAGACAACCCGAUCUGGAUCAAAUUAGGGCACUACUUCAGCUUCGCCGACACAAAUAAGUUCACAGUCGUUGGGUGCGACGAUUUUGCCGUAAUAGCGGGAAGUGAGGGGGCCAAUUUCUCAGGGGGCUGCGUUUCUUUCUGCUCCUCAAAAGAGGAUCUUCAAGAAGGUUCUUCUACCGGUAUAGGUUAUUGCCAGACCCCAAUACCGAAGGGGCUAAACAGCUUCGCUGCUGCUGUACGCAGUUUACGUAAUCACACUGAGGUGUGGUCCUUUAACGAAUGUGGCUAUGCGUUUCUUGCGGAGCAAAACGCCUUCACAUUUCAUAUCGCUGAUCUCAAGGAAGAAAAUUUUGAAAAUAGAACCAUUGAGAAUGUUCCGAUACUCCUGGAUUGGGUGAUCGGGAAUAAAACUUGCACCGAAGCUGAAAAAUCCAGCGAUUUUGCAUGUUGGGGGAAUAGUAGUUGCAUCAAUUCCGAUACCAAACAUCGUGGAUAUAGAUGCAUCUGCUUUGAGGGGUACGAAGGCAAUCCUUAUCUUGAACCGGGUUGUAAAGACAUAAAUGAAUGCGAUAAUAAUCCGUGUGAUCCGAAAGGCAUAUGCACUAAUACUCUUGGUAAUUUUACAUGUUCGUGCCCUCAUGGCUUUGUUGGUGAGGGCACGAAAAUCCGUGGAUGCGUAAAACAAAGUACAUCCAUCUCUGCUCUCAAGGUUUCAUUAGGUUUAUGUUUUGGAUUAUUGGGUGUGAUAAUCGCCAUGACAUGGAUAUACUUUGCCGUUCAGAAAAGAAGACUCGUGAGAGUAAGAGAGAAAUUCUUCGAGCAAAACGGUGGUUUGUUAUUGCAGCAGCAGCUUUCUUCGGACGAGAAUAGUAUGCACUCAUCAACUCAAAUAUUUACCGCCGAAGAGCUCAAGAAGGCCACCAACAACUAUGCCGAAGAUCGAAUCCUCGGCCGAGGGGGUUACGGUACGGUUUACGAAGGGAUCCUAAGCGACGAACGUGUUGUGGCAAUCAAGAAAUCAAGAAUAAUGGACCAGAGUCAAAUAGAGCUAUUUAUAAAUGAGGUGGUUAUUCUGACUCAAAUUAACCAUAGAAACGUGGUCAAACUAAUGGGAUGUUGUUUGGAAACUGAAGUACCAUUGUUAGUGUAUGAAUAUAUCGCAAACAAUACAUUAUAUUACCAUAUCCACAACAGUGGAGGAAUGCCAUUUUUUUCUUGGGAUAAUCGUCUGAGAAUUGCGACAGAGGCCGCCGGUGCACUUGCAUAUCUUCAUUCUUCAGCAGGAAUGCCGAUUAUCCAUAGAGAUGUUAAAUCACCCAAUAUAUUAUUGGACGAGUAUUACACUGCAAAAAUAGCAGAUUUUGGCGCUUCGAGACUUGUUCCUAUUGAUCAAACACAAGUGACAACUCUUGUACAGGGUACAUUGGGUUAUCUUGAUCCUGAGUAUUUUCACACAAGCCAAUUGACAGAGAAGAGCGAUGUAUAUAGCUUUGGGGUUGUUUUGGCUGAGCUUAUGACAGGGAGAAAGCCUCUGUGUACUGAAAAGAGUGAAGCGGAGAGGAAUUUGGCUACUUUCUUUGUAAUGUCGGUGAAGGAAAAUCGUUUGUUUCAAAUAAUCGAGCAGAGGGUUUUGAAGGAAGGGAGUUUGGAGCAAAUCAGUGCUGUGGGUGAGCUUGUUAAGAGGUGCCUGAAGCUGAACGGAGAAGAAAGGCCGACUAUGAAAGAAGUGACUAUGGAAUUGGAGAGGUUGAGAAAGUUCCAUAAAAUUGCACAUUCACAGAAACAAGAAGACGUAUUUAGAGAUGAUAGAGAAAUGGGAUCAACAAGUGAGCAGCAAGCUGAUUUGUAUCCCGUUUCUACACAUCCUGAUUUCAGUACCGGAGAGUACUCUGGACAGUACAGUUUGGACAGCCGAUUUAUAAAAGCAAUCAAUACCCCUCGCUCUGGUCAAUGUGUUGAGCAUCAACCAGGUCAACUGCUAUCGUUUCAUGUUGCUUCAGACAGUUUCAUCAAUGACAUCAUAUUAUUCUUGCCAACGACCACAAAGAGAUCUCCGACAACUAUUACAAAAGGCGACAACAUAGUCAAGCCUGGCUGCCAAAAGAAGUGCGGGAAUUUAACUGUUCCAUAUCCAUUCGGCAUUGGGAUAGACUCAGAAUGUUCUAUCGACCCUCAAUUCGACAUCAUUUGCAACACUUCUUUCAAUCCCCCAAAGCCCUUUGUUAUGGGAAAUCUUGAAGUUAUUGAUAUAACAGAUUCCCAAAUGAGGGUCAAGAAUGCAGUGGCUUUCACCUGUUACAACAAGCUAGGAAUCUCCGAUAGGCAAAUCUGGUUCAGUAUCUUGUUAGAUCCAUAUUUCACCUUCUCGGAUACAAACAAGUUCACUAUCAUCGGAUGUGAUGAUUUCGCCAUUCUAUCUGGAACUAAAGGGCUUAAUUUCUCGAUCGGGUGUGUUUCUCUUUGCUCUGCGAAAGAGGAUAUUCUUGAUGGUUCAUGUACUGGCAUAGGUUGUUGUCAAACCACAAUUCCAAAGGGCCUACAGAGUAUUGAAUUUAGUGUUGGAAGCCUCAAGAAUCACACUAAAGUGUGGUCCUUUGACCCUUGUGGUUACGCCUUUGUUGCAGAGCAGGAUACGUUCAUGUUUCGCACUGAAGACCUCAAUGACACUAGGUUUGAAAAUAGAACUGUCGAGAAUGUUCCGAUACUUUUAGAUUGGGUCAUUGGGAAUAUAACUUGCAAAGAAGCUAAGGAAUCCAACGAUUUUGCAUGUCGCGGGAACAGUGUUUGCAUUAAUUCUGACACAAAGCUUGCUGGAUAUCGUUGCAACUGCUUCGAGGGAUAUGAGGGCAAUCCGUAUCUCGAGCCAGGCUGUAAAGACACGAAUGAAUGUGAGGAUAAUCCAUGUGGUACAAACGCCGAGUGCACUAAUACAUUAGGUAGUUAUACUUGUUCGUGUCCUCAUGGAUUUACUGGUAAUGGAACAAAACCGCAUGGCUGCUUGAAACAAAUUACGCCCAUCUCAGCACUGAAGAUCUCAUUAGGUCUUGGGUUUGGAUUCUUGGCUGUGAUAAUUGUGAUUACUUUGGCAUAUUUCACCAUCCAAAAGAGGAAACUCGUAGGGAUGAGAGAGAAGUUCUUCGAGCAAAAUGGCGGUUUAUUAAUGAAGCAACAAAUGUCUUCACAUGAGGGUAGUAUGGAAUCAGCCAAAAUAUUCUCAGCAGAAGAGCUCAAGAAGGCCAGCAACAACUAUUCCGACGAUCGCAUCCUUGGCCGAGGUGGUUAUGGAACAGUUUACAAAGGGAUUCUGAGCGACGAUCGUGUCGUUGCAAUAAAAAAAUCAAAAAUAAUGGAUGAGAGCCAAGUAGAGCUAUUCAUUAACGAGGUGGUUAUUCUGACUCAGAUUAACCAUAGAAACGUCGUCAAACUAAUGGGUUGCUGUUUGGAAACUGAAGUUCCUUUGUUAGUGUAUGAAUAUAUCUCAAAUAACACCCUGUAUUACCAUAUCCACAACAGUGGAGGAAUGCCUUGGUUUUCUUGGGAAAAUCGGCUAAGAAUUGCCACAGAGGCGGCCGGUGCACUUGCGUAUCUUCAUUCUUCGGCAGGAAUGCCGAUUAUCCAUAGAGAUGUCAAGUCACCCAAUAUAUUGUUGGAUGAAUUCUACACUGCCAAAAUUGCAGAUUUUGGAGCUUCGAGACUUGUCCCCAUUGAUCAAACACAAAUAACCACUCUUGUCCAGGGAACUUUGGGUUAUCUCGAUCCAGAGUAUUUCCAUACAAGCAAUUUAACAGAGAAAAGCGAUGUUUAUAGCUUUGGUGUGGUUUUGGCUGAGCUUAUGACAGGGAGAAAGCCUUUGUCUAUUGAAGGCAAUGAAGCAGAGAGGAAUCUGUCUACUUUCUUUGUAAUGUCGGUGAAGGAAAAUAGAUUGUUCCAAAUAAUCGAACCGAGGGUUUUGAAGGAAGGGAGUUUGGAGCAAAUCAGCGCAGUAGGUGAUAUUGUUAAGAGGUGUCUGAAGUUGAAUGGAGAAGAAAGGCCGACUAUGAAAGAAGUGACAAUGGAAUUGGAGAGGUUGAGAAAGUUUAAUAAAGUUGCACAUUCGUACAAACAAGACGAGAUGUCUAGAGAUGAUGGAGAAAUGGGAUCAACAAGUGAGCAGCAACCUGAUUUGUACCCGGAGUCGAUAAAUCCUGAUUUCAGUACCGGAGAGUACUCUGGACACAAAUUCAACCGCCGUAUGUUUGACCGGCUACCCUCCGCUUCUCACACUAUAUUAUCAUUUUUCAAUUUUCACCACUUCAAAUCUGCAGCCAUAGUACAUACUCACAUAGUCAUGCCGGAAAAUAUGCUUCCGCUGCUAGCCUGGAUUCUCUUCGCCGGCGUAACCUCAACAUUCGCCGCCACCAAUUCCACCACCACCACCACCGACACGUUCAAUAUUUUGAAAGCCCCAACCAUCUCCAAACCAAAUUGCGCGAGCAAGUGCGGCAACCUAACCGUGCCCUACCCCUUCGGCAUCGGCGUAGGCAGCGGCUGCGGAAUCGGACAAUUCUUCGAGCUCAAUUGCACCGCCGGCCGAGCCUACAUCGGCGACAUCCGAGUCUUCGAAAUCUCCGACAGCCAGCUGCGCAUCUCCAACGUCAUCUCCAGGAGAUGCUACGACCGAACCGGCGCGGCGGUCCUGACGAACUCGGCCUCCUCCAACAUCAUCGGCACCCCGUUCAGCUACUCGGAGCUCAACAGAUUCACCGUCGUCGGCUGCGACGACUUCGCCCUGGUCAUCGGAAGCGGCGGCGUGAAUUUCACCAGCGGCUGCGUUUCGUUCUGCUCGAGAGCCGAAGACGUGAUCGGCGGAUACUGCUCCGGCAUAGGGUGCUGCCAGACUUCCCUCCCCAAGGGUUUGAAAUACUAUUUAACCAAUCUCAGCAGCUUGAAAAAUCACACUGCGGUUUCGUCGUUCGAUCCGUGCAGCUACGCGUUCCUCGGCGAGCAGGAGCGCUUCGUUUUCCGUGGCGCGUCGGAUCUAUCCGACCCGAAUUUCAUGCGUCGGGUCCUGGAUACGGUCCCCAUUGUUCUCGAUUGGGCGCUUGGGAAUUUGACAUGUGCAGAAAUUGAUCAGGGCUCCGGAUCUGAUUAUGCCUGCAAGGCUAAUAGCGUUUGUGUCGAUUCGGAUACGGGUUUGGCCGGUUACCGAUGCAGCUGCAAAGACGGUUACGAGGGCAACCCGUAUCUCGAUCCGGGCUGCACAGAUAUCGAUGAAUGCAAUCCAAGCCUUAAUCCAAAACUUAAUGACUGUGAGAAGCUCUGUACGAAUACUCCGGGAAGUUUCACUUGUUCGUGCUCGCCCGGGGAAUAUGGCGACGGCAAAAUUAACGGAAAAGGUUGCAAUCCGUACAACUCCGAAUUUCCGGUAGUGAAAGUGUCUCUAGGUAUCGGGUUCGGGUUUCUAGCCCUAGUUAUUGGAGUGACAUGGCUAUACUUCAGCGUCAACAAAAGAAAACUCGCGAAACGGAGGAAUACAUUCUUCCAGCAAAACGGCGGUUUGUUACUAAAACAGCAAAUCUCUUCCACAGAAGGUCCGAUGGAUUCCACGAAGAUAUUCACAGCCGAAGAGCUUGAAAAGGCCACAAACAACUACGCGGACGAAAGAAUCCUCGGCAGAGGAGGGUAUGGCACGGUCUACAAAGGAAUCCUACCCGACAAACGCAUAGUCGCGGUCAAAAAAUCCCGAGUGAUGGACGAAAGCCAAGUCGAACAGUUCAUAAACGAAGUAGUGAUUCUCACACAAGUCAACCACAGAAACGUGGUCAAACUCCUAGGUUGUUGUCUCGAAUCAGAAGUACCCUUAUUGGUGUACGAGUACGUUUCAAACGGCACCCUCUUCGAGCACAUCCACACCAGAGGAGGAGGAGGAGCGGCGUCUUGGUUAUCCUUCCAGAACCGUUUACGAAUCGCAGCAGAAGCUUCCGGAGCAUUGUCGUAUCUUCACUCAGCAGCUAACAUCCCCGUUAUUCACAGGGACGUGAAGUCCGCGAACAUUUUAUUAGACGAGCAUUACACUGCCAAAAUAUCGGAUUUCGGCGCUUCGCGGCUGAUAUCAUUGGACGAGACGGAAGUGACAACUUUAGUGCAGGGUACUUUAGGGUAUCUCGAUCCGGAAUAUUUCCACACGAGUUUGUUAACCGACAAGAGCGACGUGUACAGUUUCGGGGUUGUUCUUGCUGAGCUUCUAACGGGGAAAAAGCCGAUCGAUAUGGAGAGGAGCCAAGAGCAGAGGAAUCUGACGACUUAUUUUAUAAUGUCGUUUAAGGAGAACCGAUUGUUUCAAGUGUUGGAUCCUAGGGUUGUGAGGGAGGGGUCGUUGGAGCAGCUUCAGGCGAUUGGGGAUUUGAUAAAGAGGUGUUUGAAUAUGAAUAGCGAAGAUAGGCCGACGAUGAAGGAAGUCGCUAUGGAGUUGGAGGGUUUGAGGAAGUUUACGCAGCACCCUUGGGCGAAUAACGAUGCCGAUCGGAGCGGUGUUGGGGAAGAAUCUGCGGGGUUGAUCGGGAAUGAAUCGGGAACCGGUGAUCUUUACGGUGCUCCGGUUGCUGCUUCGGAUGAUCUUUAUACUGUUGGUCCUAUUAGGCCUUAUAACAGUAAUGAGGAAUUAUCGGGGCAGUAUAGUUUGGGCAGUGAACCGAGUCAGAUUAUCUUUCCGCAUGUGCAUAGCCCUCGUUGAUUAAUGAUGACGAACGUGUCUGUGUUUUGAUUUACUUUUUCUUGAUUAUUUCACUUUUUCUAUAUGAUGGUUUUGGAGCAGUGUAGUUAAUAUCGCGAUACAUCGCGAUACAUGUAUAUGUAUCGAUUGUAAUCAAAUACCGUUAAAUAUCGCUUGAUUUGGUAAAUAAAAUGUUUGGUAUGUUCUCGAGCA